GGGCAUCCAACUAUCGACGCAUUGUGCGCUUCUACAAAAACAAAGUUGCGCGUCGUUUGAACUUUGGCUUGUGUAAGUAAUGUCAAUGAUGUCGAUGAGAUAUGAUGCCGAGCGUCUGCUCAGCCCGAUCACGGAGUGGCCUUGCAUGGAGUGCGAUCCUGUUCUCGUCUUCGCCAAACGAGUAGACAACGUUGACGGACGCCCGGACCGUCUGAGGUAGAUUGACAUCGAAGCCUAUGUCGCUUGAGCGCUGUACAUCCACGCAGCUAUGUUCAUGUUCCAGCCGGUUGACGCCUGGUGACUGUCAUGUAUGUCAGGACGACAGCAACGCAUACAAAACCAUCUAAGCCACAGCCCGAGAAGGCGAAGUCAGGGUCUAGAGACCGGUGUUCAGCACAUGCACAAAACUUUGUUAUGACGCGGAUGCUCUAUCGGCCACUAAGCGGCCAUACAUACGGACCGAGCCACAGAUGACACUGUGAAAUGCGACGCAUGAGGCCUGAGAUUCCAAUCCAGCUCUGG